AUGCGUUUCGCCUCUUCUUUUGCGCUGCUGGCGGCUCUGACCAGUGGUGCUGUCGCCCGUCAUGGUCACCGGAUCCGCCAUGAAGGCCAUAUGCGUCGCCAGGCGGAGGAAGUAGACUCGACCGUUACUGUCACGGCCCAUAACACAGUCACUUACUGCCCGUGUGAGGAGUCUUCCUCGUCGAUCAUCCCAUCGUCCUCGUCCACCCCGGCUCCCAUUGCUACUACGACCUCGAUUGAGAUUUCUACUUCUCUCGCACUGCCCACCCAGGCCGCGGUGCCUACUUCUUCUACGACCCCAGUGGUUGUGGUCCCUACCACUACUGAAGUUCCUACUACUACUGAGGUCCCUGCUACCACUGAAGUCCCUACUUCAACAUCCACAUCCUCAUCCUCCACUAGCACCAGCGAGGCCUCUACCACCUCAUCCGGCGCCAGCGCUGAUUGGAGCGCUGUCCCCUCCAGUGGCGAGUUCUCGACAUCUGGUUUCGGCGCGAGCACAAAGAAUAGCGGCUCCGGCGUUAGCUACACUGGCAACGUGGGCAGCCCCUAUGGCAGUAACAUCAUCUCCGUCGAGGCUAGCGAGGCUAGCAAUUACAAGUACGUCGUGGAGUUCUCCGGCUCUAACACGGAUGACUGGUACGUUGUGAUCUGGAACAAGAUUGGCAAGGAUGGUAAGAUGGACGGCUGGUACGGCAACGGCUGUCACGAGUUCUCCAUUGCCGCCGGUGAAACUAAGUACUACGCCUUCGACACCGACUCACAAGGUGGCUGGGCUGCUGCUAAGGGAUCGUCUAUCCCCACCGAUAGCUACGGCGGUUACGCUGCUACCUGGGGUGAAUUCGAUUUCGGCUCUACUACGAACUCUGGCUGGUCCGGCUUCGAUGUCUCCGCCAUCCAGGCCCAGAACGCCGAUCUUACCGUCCAGGGAAUGAAGAUCUGCAGUGUCUACAAUGAUUCGACUUGCUCUACGAUUACAUCUGGACUGGCUUCCGUUGUCAACGCCUACACUAGCGCCUUGGCCUCGGAGGAUGGCAUUGGUGGAAACCUGGUUUCUGGUGCCGUCCGCCUGGCUGUCACCCUUGACUACAGCUCUUAA